CCCCUCUGAUGAAUACAAAAAGGAAAAUAGCGCAAUAAUUCGCACAAAAACAUAUGGAAUCAUCUUCAUCGGUGGCGCACUCAAAUCAUCGUCGGCACUCCUCCUCCAAUUCCAUGACCGAGCUGGCAGCCGUCGGGGCGGCUAGGCUGAUGAGCUUUCCAGCCGUAUUUAUUGGCACAAGCAGGCACAGACAGGCACAGGCGCACAGCCACGAACCACCCGCCGAGCCCGAGCACACUCGACGACGAGUCGACGACUCCCAUUUCACACCCAGCAUGGAAGCCGCGGCGGUCAAGCCCGUCCUCCGCGUCGCCGCCAUCUGCGGCUCCCUCCGCAAGGCCUCCUUCAACCGCGGCCUCCUCCGCGCCGCCGCGGAGGUGUGCGACGACUCCAUCCCGGGGCUGCGCGUCCACCACCUCGACAUCUCCGACCUGCCCAUCAUCAACACCGACCUCGAGACCGACGGCGCCUUCCCGCCCGCCGUCGAGGCCUUCCGCGCCAAGGUCUCCCAGGCCGACUGCUUCCUCUUCGGCGCGCCCGAGUACAACUACUCCAUCGCAACCCCCCUGAAGAAUGCACUUGACUGGGCAUCUAGAGGAAAGAACUGUUGGGCAGACAAACCUGCUGCGAUUGUCAGUGCAGGAGGUGGCUUUGGAGGAGGGAGAUCACAGUACCAUCUGCGCCAGGUUGGGGUAUUCUUGGAUCUUCAUUUCAUCAACAAGCCAGAAUUAUUCGUCCAAGCAUUUCAGCAGCCACCGAAGUUUGACAGUGAUGGAAAUCUGAUUGACGAUCAAAUCAGAGAGAGGCUGAAGCAAGUGCUCUUAUCUCUUCAGGCCUUCACACUAAGGCUCCAGAAGGACUGAAUCAACUGAGGACCAUUGCAGUCCGUGCUUGCCUGAAGAAGUGUUUAUAAUUCCUGUGUAUCACAUACCAUGCUUGGGAUUGGCACCUGUAAUUCAUUGUGGACAGCCUGAAAGUUGUAAUAAAUCCCUGUAGAAAUAUUCUACUGUUUGCAGAUUAUUUAAGAUUGGAUCACAUCUAUGCAUUCUAAGUAUUGUGUUUUACCUUUCUCA